AUGUAUCUUGCGAAACUCCCCAUUACUCCACCAGAUGUUUCAGUGGUGUCGUACGCCGAUGACUGUACGAUUAUACCAUCCGGUGUUAACAUUGACGACGUAAAAGCGAAAAUAUCCAACUAUUUACCCAACUAUCGCCAACUACUUCCGGGAGCGCAACCUAAAAUUAUCCACUACAAAGUCUGGACAUUUCCGUUGAAGACACUGCCGAGGAUACCUCUUCAAAGAUAUGCAGCCACAAAGGCCGCUACCAGCACAAAACCGAAAAACAAAUCUAAAGAAACCCGACCUGCGAUUAUACAAUGUAAACGACCGAACUUCAAUUUGUAUGUCCCCCAAGAGGCACAAUGUAAAUUUGGAACCAUACCUCUCGCUUCGUCCGGAUGGUUACACAAGAAAUCCAAAGGUGAUUGGUUUACGAUAAAUGCCACAGUGACGGAAGAGGAAAAGGCGAAAGAGAUGCAGGACUUGUUGGAAUUCUUGAACACAACGAAGUUACCUUUAACCGAUAAAUUAUUGGAUAAUUUAAAACAGGAACUGGACAUCAAACAAUUGACUUCAAUACAAUGUCAGGGAUGGCCAAAAAUCUAUGACUAUCAUCACACCUUGAUAGCUGCUGAGACGGGAUGUGGUAAAACGCUGUGCUAUCUAACACCUAUUGUCCAGCGAAUUUUGGAACGCAAGCAAUCCGCGGUAAAUCAACGAAAAAUGAAUUCUCCAUUGGGUAUAAUUUUGACGCCCGGACGAGAAUUGGCCUCGCAGAUAGGCAACGUUGUUAGGCAAUUGUGUUCUGAUAUGGAUGUCCGGGUAAAAACAAUUUUGGGUGGCAAUACAAAACGCCUAAUGAUGGACCCGGAGUUUGAUGAUGUUGAUAUAGUAGUGGCUUCUGUGGGUGCCCUAAGUAAAUUGGUUACAACUGGUAUCUAUCGUAUGGAUCAUGUGCGUCAUGUAGUGCUCGAUGAAGCCGAUACUCUACUGGAUGAUAGUUUCUCCGAUAAAUUGGUGCAUUUUUUGAAAAGAUUUCCGUUUCACAAAAACCUUUCUCAAACAGAUACGGAAGUUGGUACCCAAUUGAUUUUGGCCUCUGCCACAAUGCCCACAAAUAUCAAUGAACUGUUGCAUCGUGUAAUUGAUGUGGAAACCAUCGAAGAGGUUAGCAGUCCCAACUUACACAAACUAAUGCCUCAUGUUGAACAAAAAUUCCUACGUGUCAACAAAGCCGAUCGGCCAGCCCAUCUCUUGAGUUUGGUGAAGAAAGAGUUAGCGCUACGAAGACCAAUCAUUAUUUUCUCCAACAAAACACCCACCUGUGAUUACGUUUCAAUAUUUCUCAACAAUAGUGGGGUAAAUUGCCUAAAUCUCAAUGGUGAUAUGUUAAUGAAGAUACGCAUGGGACGUUUCGAACAAUUCCAAAACGCCGAAUGUGAUGUACUCUCCACCACUGAUGUCGGUAGUCGCGGUUUAGAUACCACCCGAGCCCGCAAUGUUAUCAACUUCGAUUUUCCCCUACACAUUUCCGAUUAUAUACAUCGUAGUGGACGUAUUGGUCGUGUUGGCAAUAUGGAACGUUGCACGGUUACGAAUUUAAUUUCAUCACGACGUGAAAUUGAUGUUGCACAGCGUAUUGAACAUGCUGCCCGCUGUGGUGGUCUUCUGCCGGAUGUUAAUGCCAAUAUUAAAAAUAUUAUUAAUAAGAAAAUAAUUAAGGAAAUGAAAGAGGCUGGCAUACCAAUGGAGGCGGGAUUAAAUGGCCAAGGGGAUGAGGCGUUUUAA